AAUAAGAUUUAAAAUAAUAUUAUUGAAGUAAAUAACAGUGAUAGUGUACGAAAGAAUAUUUUAAGUGCACUUUAGUGAUGCAGACAGUGUGAUUUUUAGUUUAUUUGUGCUCUGACUUUUAAGAAUGGACUUGUGAGUGUUUAGAAACAUUUUAAUAUUGUUACCAGUUUUAAAAAUGGUGGCUAUUAUGGAUAAACAAACAACCAGAUCGAAAUGCAGCUACGAUGAAGCAUUGGACUGUACCGGGUUUGGCCGAUACAACCUGUUGAUGCUGACGUCAUGCAGCCUGCUUAUCCUGGCGAUGUACCUAGACGUGUUUGGACUGUCGGUGGCGCUGCCAGCCAUCGCAUGCGACCUGGAAUUGACCACCAGCCAACAGGGGCUCCUGUCUGCUGUACCUUUGAUUGGUGUAAUGAUAUCUUCGUACGGCUGGGGCCUGUGCGCGGACACUCGUGGUCGCCGCUGGACCUUGCUGGUGGCCAUGCCUAUUGGCGCCAUCUUGAAUAUCGCCGUCAGCAUUGCACCCAACUACGCUGCGCUAGCCUCUCUCAAGUUCUUAUCUGCUUGCUUUACAUCAUCAGCGAAUGCAGCAGCGUUCGUGCUGAUGGGCGAGAGUUCCCCGCUGCGGCACCGUAGCCGCUUCAUGUUCCUUAUGGCGAGUGCGACUAUGUUCGUGCAAUUUGUCAUUAGUAUAUGCGCUUUGCCGAUCUUCCAAUUAACCUUCCGGAUCCCCAUCUCUUGGUUGGCCCUGGACCUCAGACCCUGGCGACUGCUACUCCUGGUAAUCAGCGUACCAGGCAUCCUGGGAAUAUUAUCCAUGCUGCUUCUACAUGAAAGUCCAAAAUACCUCUUCAGCAAAAGCCGGGAUGAAGAAGCUAUGGAGAUUUUGAGGGGUAUAUACGGUUUUAAUACUGGAGAGGAGACUGAUUGCUUUCCAGUGAAGUCAGUGACAAUAGAAGAGUCACCUCAACAGCCCGAACGGUUCUCUCUCCGGCAGAUGUGGAACCAGACCGCCCCUCUCUUCAGACCUCCGUUACUCAAGAACUCGCUCAAAUUAUACUACAUUUUACUCUGUGCUUUCAUGACAUCCACCGGGUUCACUAUGUGGGUACCCACGAUGACCAACGCAUUCUUCAACGGCGAUGACACAUCAGGAAAGACUUUCUGCGAAGUCGCCAGCACCGCUGCCCAGGGCAGCAACAGUACUUCGACUGACUGUAACGGCGUCGUGACCCCUUCAACGCUGUACGCAGUGAUGUGUUAUUCUGGAGUCGCUGGAAUCCUUACUAUUAUCAUAUCGUUCCUAGUGGGAAUAGUCGGGAAACGCCGCAUGAUGUUUAUAGUCUUCACUAUAUCUGCGUCAUGUGGGAUACUGUUGCUGUUUGUCAGAAUACCCAUUCUGAGUAUAGCACUGUUUAACACGUUCCUCUACGUUUCAUUCAUACUUGGGAAUAUUAACACGUACCUGGUGGAAUUAAAUCCUACGCAUUUGAGAGGAAUGGCGACCUGUCUGUCAGUAGUGGCGGCGCGAGGAUUUGGCUUCUUCAGCGUACAACUCAUAGCUACACUUCUAGCAGAUCACUGUCUGCCAAUGAUGUCUGGUUAUAUUGUCCUUGUAAUAUCUGGGCUCAUAGUGUCACUAUUUCUACCUCCCGAUGACGUCAAGAAGACUGAAGCUGUAACUGCUGCUGACUGUGAAGCAAAUACUGAUAAAACGCGAUUUUAAUAGACUGUUACCGUAGACUGUUACAAUAUCAUAUUAUACUUAUAUGUUACUAUAGUGUUAUGGACUGUUACGUA